AUGACAAAAGAGUUGAUAAAGAAACUAACAACAACAGAUCUUCAAAUACAAGAACCAAAACAAUCAAAUGAUAAAGGUGUUGAACAAAAGAAAACCAAAUCAGUUUCAAAAAAGAAAAACACAACAACAAAACAAAAAAAGAGAAAAAAAAGAAAGAAACGAAAACAAAAGCAAACAAUACAAGAGAAAAACAAAAAAACUAAAACAGAGUCUGGAGAAGAUGAUGAGAAGUUUCCAUCAUUAAGAACAAGGGUUGCAACACAAAGCAUGGAUCUUGAAGCAGUUGAUGACUAUGAACAAGACAACAGAACAUUGAUUAAAUGGAAAGAACAACAUCCGAAAAUAACACAGUCUGCUCAAGCACUUGUAGAUCUUAUAGAAGAAUCGCAAAUUGCAGAUGAGAUAAGAAUAAGACCACUUCACUUCUGGAACUACGGGAGACUGGAAACAAUACAAACCAAUGAAAUUGCAAAUGUGAAGUUUGGAAUGGAAAUUUUGGAGAAUAUGGAGAUGAUUGAAGAUGAAUAUGUUGAUUUGGUUGAGGAAAACAAUGAAAAGAAUGAAGAGGAGUUUUCAGAUUCAGAUGACAAUGAGGUUAUUGGUGCAGAGAGUGUAUUCAAGAAACAUAUUGGUGAAACAUCAAACGUGAAUGAAAAUGAAGUUCAAGUUCAAAAAGAAAUCGAAGGAUCAAAUGAUGAAAAUCCGAAAAAGGAUAUUACAUUUCAAAAAGCAAUAGUAUUGUUUACACCAAAAGAGAAUGAAGUACAACAUACUGAAGUUAAUAAAACAGUGCAUGCAGAAGAAGCUGAAGAAAUGGUUGUGGACCAAACAACAAAAACAUUGUAA